AAGAGAAGUUUAUGCUUUUCAGAGGCUUUAAGAGUAGUGCUUCAUUGGAUGAUCAAAACAGUUUUAUAGCCAUCAUCCUUGCGUCUUGUCUUCACUAAGGUUUCUAGCCGUUCAGUUGUCUUCAUUUUUUCUGUGUUCAGUUUUGGGUCUUGCCAUUUAGACUUUUAGCCCUCAACAUGAAUAAGUGUCACAGUGAACUGACUCAGAAGGAGCAGGAGAUGCUGAAAAUGCGGCGGGACAGCGACACAAAGGCGGCCGAACUUGUCAAGAUGGAGAGGAUGCUCCAGCAGACCAAGAACCUGCUGGACAAGAAGACAGAGUCUGGUUCGAAGAGCAUGGGAUACCAGGAGAACAUGGUGGAGGACCUGGAGGAAAAGGUGCGCUCCAGCAGACGAUACAGGAGAAACUCCCUCCAUCACACGCAGAUGCUGGAGAGCCAGAUGAAAACUGUGAAAGGUGAGCUGGUGGGCACCCUGGACCACCUUCAGGAGCUGAGGAACGUCCUACGGCGUUCACAGCAGAAGGCAGAAGAACGCAAGGCUGCAAUGGAGAAGCUGGCUGCAGGGCUCAGGUGAAGAACCUUUGACCGCAAUAAACCUGAAAUCCUACAUCCUGUCAGAAAGGCUGUGCAGAAUUCACAUCUAACGAGAUGGCACCCAGUCACCGGUGAAAUGAUAGAGGAAGAAAGUGCUUUCACUGUUUUUUUUUUUCCAUCUCAGCAGUGAGGCUGUAAAUCUUCAUCAUUUGGACUUGAAUCAUGAAUAUGAUUCAGCUGCUCUUCCUUCGCUUUUUCAUUAAUCUCAGUAAGUCUCAUAGUAAUAUAGUGAAUUUAAAGCAUCUGAUUCUUUGUACCUUCUGAAAGUAUUUGAAAGAUGAUUAACCAUCGUGUUUAUGCGACUGGGAAAAACACAUUACACGUCUUCAUAGAUAUUAAAUUAUACAUGUAGUUCUUCACAUUACUAAGAAGUACCUUUUAAGCCUGAUAUAUUGAGCUUAGGCUUGUAUUAGAUCCCUCAUUUAAGAGGCAACAAUGAGUCGUAUUAUCUUCUAGAAAGAUGUCCUGAACUCUUCCACAGUCAUAUGUUCCUCUUUGUAUGAGAAAGAAAAACUGUCAGUGAUAUACAGUAAAUCUUAUAUUUAUCUUACAUUUCUUUUAAUCACAUUUAAUGAAUAUAUCCCUGUUAAUUAAUAAUAUUUAGGUUUUUACUGAAAUCAGAAUUUGAAUUUAUUAAUAAGUCAGUCAUGACAUUACUGGAGGUAGUAUUAUUUUUAUUACUAUUAUUCAUAACUUAUUCGAAUGAGAGUUCUUACUCAAAUUAUGAUGAAUUCUGCUAUAUAUUAAAAUGAUAAACAGCACAUAGAUUUAUAUCUUUGUCUGAAUAGUAUAGAAAAAAAUGUUUGUUGAUGAUUUAUUGCACACAAAUAUAGAAUUAUGCAAUUUAACUUUAAACAUUUUGCCACAGAUGGUCUGAAGAAUUAUAGGAAUGACCCUGUUGUUAACAAUGACCCUUAUCAGCUGCACUGCACUCACUAUGUUGAGUGCAAUGCCGAAGUUUCCAGUGUUUCAACUCCCUCUGGGAUCAAUAGGCUGUUUCUGUCUGUUUCCUGUGGUGAGUCAUCUGAAAGCUGUAUUUGUGCCUUCCCUGUGGCUGGGAUGUUUGCUAAUUUAGUACAGCUUGUUUCACAAAGCAUCACAUGCUGUGAAGCCGAGAGGGGAUUUCAUAUGCUGGUUUUACUUUUCUGUUGUUGAUGCUUUCUGCUUGAUCGUAACUUCCUUCAUACUUUUGUCCCAUGUAAAGUAUGAUUUCAAUAUUAUGAACAUUACACAAAUACAUAUGAAUGAGUCUUUAGGUAAAAAGUGUUAAAAGUAGAACACUGAAGGUGAUUUAUGAUGACCUGGAAAGUAAACAAACCCAUAUGAGGCCAUAACAUAUUCACAGAUCAUCACACAAUGUUCCUGACAGAUUAAUUUUUCAAACUGAGUUACAUAGAAUUGGACUGUUUUCUGUUAUUUCUCCCUUUCAACUGAUGCAGAAGUCUGUUUGAGACAGAUAUAGCAAUGAGCCCACAGGGGACACUGGAGACAUCUCUGGAAAAAAAGCAAACUGCAUCGUUCUUUCUCUCCUGCUUUAGACCACACAUUAGGAUUUGAUUGCUUGUAUUGUAAUCAGUUUGAUGCAUUCAGAAAUGUCUAGAUAAGCUUUUGUCCAAAACAAAAUAAUAA